AUGGGAAAACCACAGACCAGUGACAAGAGGCGAGGUCCUGUCUCAGCCGAACAUCCGUCUCUUACAAUCAGUGAGGCGACUAUCUCCGCGAGGAAGGGCAAUAAGCCCAAAGUGCUCCGCAGUCCAGUUUCUCCAACCAUCGCGCAGACCUCACCGCGACCGGCCAGACAAAGCGGUUCCGGUUUACGAACUCGGCAACCAUCACCACCACCAAAGUUAGUGGUGCGCAAGUCUGAUAAUUCAUCCUACAUAGCCGAACUCGCAUCCACUGAUAUUUCAAAUGUUGGCGCAGCAGUCACUGUUGAGGGAAAACCACGUAGCGGCCUUCCAAAAAACAGUAAAAAGCUUCGCGAACUUUCCUAUCUUGUCCCUCCUGCUCCAUCUAAUGUUACCUCGAAGCCUGCCUCCGCCGUCCUCUCUUCGUCUCUAGCGUCAAAAUCCUCAAAGAGACCUGGAAUGAAGGAGGCUCGUGCCUCAAUGGCUUCUCAGAAAUUUGAACCGGAGGGUGGCGACAGUGAUACUCGUGGGACUGUUAAUAACGGCGUUAGAGACCCGUCUGCGGCACAAUCUGCCGUGUCUCACCCUGAAAGCCAGAGCACGAGUAGAGUUAAACCGCGUGCCGGUACUGACCCAUCGAUCCAAGAGCGGUUGGAUUCGACAGAGCGCCACUCGAAGGAAGAAGUUCUGGUAGCCGCCAGUGACCCACCAAGCAGCGAAAAGCUCGCUGCUCUUCGCAAACGCACCUCUAAGUCUUCUACCGCUGCAUUUCGAAGGAGGUUUAGCGGGAAGCUGACGCCGUCCACGAAAGAGACCUCCAUGAUGUCUCCUAUCAUGUCCUGUACGUCAGAUCCUAGACUCACUGCAUCUGCGGAUGUCAGCGCAGGUGCUGUCUGCCAAGGAGUGCAUGGCAGUCCCCGAGACUUAAUCCCGGUUUCCGUCGCCCCCGAAAUCACGGCCGGGAGAACUUCUCAUGUUGACAUGACUACAUCAGUAGAACUGCCACCUUCGGAAAACUUGCUCUGCCCUUCCCCUCUGACUGAUUCCUUACUAGAACCUGCUAUCUCGAAUCAACCGGUCCUGGAUGCUUCGAUUGAGUGCCUUCCUACAAGUUCCCACGCGCAUACAAGUUUACCCGAGAUGGAACCUGCUAUUCAAUCUGCCAAACUACCUUCCGAG